CGUAUGUAAAUGGCCUCUUUCGUUUCCUUUAUUUCGCCCGAUCGCUCCACCCCAUCGGGGUUCGAUUAGGGUUUAAUUAUGUCUGCGAUCGAAUCGAAAUUUAGUUGUUUCAAUUCACUCAACCGUCUGCGUCUGCCCUCUUCGCGCUUAACUCCGGCCGGCGAUUUUGAAAUUUCCCCGUUCGCGCUUUUUAAUUGGGGAGACUGCCGCCAUUAGUGACCUGUGUGCAUGCUGCCCUAAUCGAGCCCUAGUCGCGUAGAAUCUGCGGGCUUUGAAGCUCUCUGGUGCUGGGAGAAGCCCCAGUUUGUGCGUCCCCAGAAGUUUAUCGAACUCGCUGCGAUGAAUGUCACGAUCAUAGAUCCGUUACAGGGAGAUUUCCCAGAAGUAAUAGAAGAGUACUUGCAGCAUGGAAACAUGAAAUGCAUCGCUUUUAAUCGCCGCGGAACUCUUCUAGCUGCGGGUUGUUCAGACGGAAGCUGUGUAAUUUGGGAUUUUGAGACUCGGGGAAUUGCAAAGGAGCUCCGUGAUAAGGAUUGUGUAGCGCCUAUAACAAGCGUUUGCUGGUCAAAAUAUGGCCAUCACCUCCUUGCUUCAGCAACUGAUAGAUCCUUAACACUUUGGGAUGUCAAAAGCGGUGAAAAAAUAGCUCGAGUCACUCUCCAACAAACAACACUUCUUGUUCGUCUCCAUCCUGGAUCCUGCUCUCCUUCAGUUUGUCUUGCUUGCCCUCUCUCUUCUGCUCCAAUCCUCGUCGAUCUGAAUACGAGCAGCUCCAGCGUGCUUCCAGUUUCAGUCUCUGAUUCUGGAAUCGGCAUUCUUCCUCAUCCACGCAACAAAUUCGCAGAUGGUUCUCCACCUUACACUCCCACUGCAGCUACUUUCAACAAAAAAGGUGACCUGAUCUAUGUGGGAAACUCCAAAGGUGAGAUCCUCAUAGUGGAUUUCAAAACAACACGUGUUAAUGCAGUGAUCCCUAUAGUAGGGGGCUCCAUCGUCCGCAAUAUUGUUUUCAGUAGAAAUGGCCAAUAUUUGCUCACAAACUCGAAUGAUCGCGUCAUUCGAAUCUAUGAGAACCUUCUUACUCGAAAAAAAGCUGCUGUUGCUCUCGAGGAAAUGAGCAGUUCUUGUGAAAACCUUAAAGGGACUGAGAAAUUGAAGGCGAUAGGAUCAAAGUGUCUGAUCUUACUUCGGGAGUUUCAAGAUGCCGUGACGAAGAUCCAGUGGAAAGCACCUUGCUUUAGCGGCGAUGGCGACUGGGUUGUCGGCGCUUCAGCCACCAAAGGAGAACACAAGAUAUACAUAUGGGAUCGAUCUGGAUAUCUAGCUAAGAUUCUAGAAGGCCCCAAAGAGGCUUUAAUCGAUCUUGCUUGGCACCCGGUCCGACCGUUGGUCGUUUCCGUCUCCAUCGCCGGCUUGGUAUACAUUUGGGCGAAAGAUUACACUGAGAACUGGAGUGCAUUUGCUCCUGACUUCAAAGAACUUGAGGAAAAUGAAGAAUAUGUGGAAAGAGAAGAUGAGUUUGAUUUGGUGCCUGAAACAGAUAAAGUGAAAGAGUGCGAAGUCAAUGAAGAUGAGGAAGUUGAUAUUAUGAACUUCGAAAAUGAUUCUGCCUUCAGCGAUUCAGACAUGUCCAAGGAAGAGCUCUGUUUCCUUGCAGCGAUCCCUUCUCCUGAUGCUGCAGAACAGCAAGAUAAAUAUGUGGGAAGCUCUACUAAGGUAGAGGAGAGCACACAUUCUGGUUCUCCUCUUUCUGUGGAGGCAGAGCAGAAUGAACAGGCAAUAAUACCUCCUUCUUUGAGCCCAGAUGAAGGCGGGAACUCUGCUGCAGAAGAAACUACAGGGAAUAAUAGCUCAAAGAGGAGGAGGAAGCCAUCGGCAAAAGGGCUUGAAUUACAAGCAGAUCAGAUUCCAUGACAUUGUAGGCCUCAUCACGUUAAUGAUCCACAUUCAAGAGAGAAAAACUAUCAACAGUGAAGUCUUGUUAGACAACUACUCAUACGUAUGAUGAAAGUUGAGAUGAUAGCCGUGAUGAAUGAGGCAACAGCAAGAUGCCCGAGAAGGCCCUAACCAUGGUAGCACUCUAAUAGGCAUUUGUACCAAUAGACGAUCUCCACUACAGAAAAACAACCCUCAAGAAUAGUGCCUGAGCACUCAACAAGAGUUUUAAUUUGGUUUCAUGUGCUAUUUGAAUUUCCUUUUAUAUUAUAACUUCAGAUUAAGCGGUAUGAUAAAAGAUUAUCAUGUUCAGCACCUUUGGGAGAUAAAGCUGUGAGAAU